ACCUCACCAGCACCAACAGCAGCAGCAGCUCAAGUUGUGCAUGUGACUGUGCCCUAGAAUACAUAGGCACCGUUUUUUAAGUGGAGCCUGCCAGUGAACCGGUGAACAUCAUCUACAGCAGAGACAAACUAGAAGCAAGUUAACACUUAGUGAAGAUAUUAGUUACUUUGCAAGUGCAGAGGCAGCACACUGGAUGCAAGUGAACAUAUGUUUAGAAUGGAGCGAGGAAGGAUAGAGUUGGCGGUGGUGUUCUUGAUAUGGAUGGUGCCUACAGUUAUCGCCAUGGUGCUGGUACACGUGUUCGGCGUGGCGGCAGUCGUCGCUAUGGGAGUGUUUUUCGUUAUUGGAAUUCUCGUUUCGGCCUUCGUGAAAUCCACCGGCAAGUGUCAAAACCUGACAGAGUCUCAGCCUGUCCAAGAGCAGUCUCCGCAGAAUGUUGAAGAGGACUGUCCGCCGUCAUAUGAGGUUGUAACAUCCAAGCCCCCGCCCUACAGCCUCCUCUACGUCAGUGACUCACUCCCGGGGGGCUCGAGGGAGGACGUUGAGUCGGCCUCCAGCUCCGCGCACAUGUUGCCUGACGCUCAACACAAUAAAAAUGUGGAAUUUUGCCAUACUUGGACCGUGACGGAUCCUGAGUCAAGCCCUCCCUCUUACCCCGAGGCUGUCAACUCUUCAUUCGGUGGGAUCCCGCACACUACUUCCAAUACCACGCCUACCUCCACUCUUACAAGUGAAACUACACCCGUUAUUUAUCCCAGUACAUCCACGCUUACUAGUUACUUUACCAGUAGGACAACCACCCCCUCCUCCACAACCACCAUGACUACGUGUCCCUCGUCAACUACUUGUGUGAAGGUGCAUCUGACAGACUGAAGAAAGCACAGGACAAAUAAAACUUCAUCUUCAAGUCAAAUCAUCACACUCACCCAUUCUAGUCAGGGCACACCUACGUUUUUAUCAUGUUUAACACAUAAGUUCACCGAAAAGGCACAUGGCCUUACUUGUACUUUUAAGAUUAUGUCGCAACCUUUUAUUUCUGAAAGUUUAACUGUAAUGUUAUAGUGGGAAGAAUGCGAGUGAUUUCAUGGUACGGAAGGACCAGUAAAUGCACAUCACACAGGUGUUCACAUGACUGUUUCACAUAUUUGUUCACCGUUGCGUCCACGCGCAUAAUUAAGACUAACAAACAAUAGACGCCAACCCGAGUCUUGUGUACUGAAGGUUGCGGAUAUAUAAUCAUAAUAAUCUUCAUACCAGAUCAGACUAGCGUUACCAGUUUCUCUCUCUCUCUUUAUAUAUA